AUGGCAUUUCUGUGUGGAUCCUCUUCAUCUCAAUCCUCAGGUUCUAAGAAACCUGUCGAGAGAAAGAUUGUUAUUCUAGGUGAUGGUGCGUGUGGUAAAACCUCGCUGCUGAACGUGUUCACCAGGGGCUAUUUCCCAGAAGUCUACGAGCCCACUGUCUUUGAGAACUAUAUUCAUGACAUCUUUGUCGAUAACAGACACAUUACGUUGUCGCUGUGGGAUACCGCGGGACAAGAAGAAUUUGACAGGUUACGAUCAUUAUCAUACUCUGACACGCACACCAUAAUGCUGUGUUUCAGUAUAGACUCUAGGGACUCCUUGGAGAACGUCAAGAAUAAAUGGGUUGGUGAAAUAACGGACCAUUGUGAAGGUGUGAACCUGGUGCUAGUUGCUCUGAAAUGUGACUUGAGAAAUAACGAGAACAACGUAAUAACCCCAAACAACAUCCAAAAUAACCGUAAUAACAACAAUAACAACAACCUGAUCACUUAUGAAGAAGGUCUCGCUAUGGCCAAGCAGAUUGGUGCUCUCCGUUACUUGGAGUGUAGCGCAAAGUUGAACAAAGGUGUCAACGAAGCAUUCACCGAAGCCGCAAGAGUGGCCUUGACUGCCAAAAAUGCCACAGAUAAUAUCAACUCCAAUAGUUCAUCUAAUGAAAAGGAUAGCUUCUGUACUAUCUGUUAG